AUCAGGUUGAAGACGGUUGAAGUGUACAUUCUUCAUGAAUUUAAAGGUUAUCUGUGUUAACAGAAUACCCAUCAACGUUACAGUUAUACCAAUACGUUUUUAACGAGAAAUACGAUCCGUCAUUACAGUUUAAUUAAUCAUUAUGGGUGGAGUUGAGUGUUCGAAGGCAACUUUGCCGAUCAAAGUACAUUACUUUUUGUUCUUCGCCGGUCUGGUGCCGGUGCUGCCGUUCCUGAUGGUCGUGGGCCAGCAGCUCGGCGUGCCGUUGUCAGUGCAGGGCGCCGUCACGGGUAUCACUCUCCUCAUGGUCGUCUUCAUCAAGCCGCUCAUCGCAGCGGCAGCAGACUCCUUCCCAUCCUUCAGGAAGUUUAUUUUCAUUCUCCUCUUGGUCUUCAUGACGAUAUUUUAUUCCUCGAUUUAUUUUAUCAAACCUUUCAAAGCACCGGAUGAGAAAUCUUAUGACGUUUCGUUCGUUUCGGUAUUCAGGCUUCCAGAAGAAUUUCCGCGCGACCUUCAACUUCAUACGAACGACAUAUAUGAAGAUAAAGAAGUCUCGUUGGCUGAAAGAAUGCCUAAGCCUGAAAAUUUUUACCUUGACAUCAACGUGGGGGUAGAGGAUACCAGUUGGCCACCUGGGACUAUCAUCAACUGCUGCUCAGGAUCCUGCGUUGAAGGAACAAAUUAUCUGUCCCAGUCAGAGCUGUGCUUUCGCCUCAACUUUACUGGCCUACAGCAAGAAGCCGAAGUGCCACAUCCGUCAAACGAGGUGUCAGCUGGCAACGCUGUCAACGAUAUCUACGUAGCCCUGAACGCGUGCGUAUCCUGCACACUCGUUCACCACAAAAUCUGGGCGUGCUCAGUGGAGACGAGCUCGCCCAGAGACGCGGCCACGAUGCGUCGUAUACAAGAAUGCGCCAAGAGAGCAGACGUGAGCUACUCGAUCUGGUCACAGCCCGACUUCUAUGCAUUCUGCUUUUUGAUCCUGGGGGCCACCGUGAUGUUCAGCACUGCGAAUUCUGUUUCUGACGCCAUCUGCAUUGACUGUGUUGGCGUCCACGGUGACUAUGGUUCGCAACGAGCUUGGGGUUCCGUUGGUUGGGCCACGUUUGGCUUGGUGAGUGGGGCGCUGGUAGACUGGUGGUCAGCGGACAGCGUCGUGAAAAGCUACUCACCAGCCUUCCUGCUCGCUCUUUUGAUCGGCCUCGCUGAUAUCGCUGUCUCAUCAUGCACUUUGAAGGUGCCGAAGUUGGAGCAAAAUCCGGCAGUUUGGCGCCACUUGAAGCCAUUAAUCAAGAGACCUGAAUUCCUGGUUUUCCUCUUAUUCGUCAUUUUGAAUGGCUGCUUCGAUGGAAUUGUUGCAACUUAUAUUUUCGUUCUUCAAGAAGAAAUAGCGGCAGGAACGCCUACAAUGAACCACAUGAAGCUCCUACAAGGCCUUACGAUUGUCUGUCAGAGCGCCAGCGAAGUUCCUUUUAUGUUCAUCUGUGACCGGCUCACGAAAAAAUACAACCCGGAGAGAUUAUCUACCAUCGUUUACGGCUUAUAUAGCAUACGUUUAUUGUGUCUUGGACUCUUGGGUUACUUCGGCCAUGCCUGGCUUACCCUGCCAGUUGAGCUGCUCAACGGCCCCUGCUACGGCUUCGGCUACACCGCCAUCGUGAUGUACGCUGGACGCAUCGCACCACCCGGCACCUCAGCCACCGUGCAGAGCGUCACUAAUAUUUGCUACGAAGCUUUGGGUUACUCAAUAGCUUCCGUCUUAGGAGGAAUUAUCAUCCAACGGCUCGGAGGUGCAACGAAUUAUAUUAUAUUUGGUGUGGCAGCAUUGGCAGUUUGCGGCCUACAUUGGCUCACGUUCACCAAGUUUAUUGUGAACAACGUCAACACGGACGGGAAAAAUGAAAAAAUUUGUGCGAUGGAAAAUGGAACGUCAGAAAACGCUUCAUCGCUCCUUGACAAAGAUACGGAGAACACUGCAACGACAUCUAAAUAGUGGAUGCAUCGCCCAUGCGAAACGAGCUCCUGAGUAGUUGUCUAAAAUAUUCAGUAUUCGAUACAGUGCGCACCUUCGUUGUUCCUGGGCACGAUUUUCUUCAAGAGUAGCGGUCGACGAUUAGAAAAUAUAUGAAUGGCAGACUAUAAUAAGGCUGCUUUUGUCAAUGAUCUUUGGCACCAUCACAGCACCUUACCAAGAAGAAUAUUUUUAGGUUAUCGCCCACAUCUAUCGGGUCUUGGGCUCCUCGUUUAUAAGGGCUGAAGCCCCCCUAAAAUGGGACUAAUGACGUCACUGAAUAGAGUACACUUGAAUGUAAUUUUUUUGAUCAUUUUAAUUUAAUGGUUAACAAUGAAUUGCCAGAGCCUGGACUUGAUGGGAUAAGAAUAAAGACAGGACUGGUGAAUCAUUAGUGCUCUCUCAAUCAUUGGGUUUGACUAAAGAUUUUUGAGUAAUCUAAGAAAAUAUUUUCAAGCCCGUUUAGUUUGAACCUUAGACGAAGCAUAUGAGGCAGAAGAGAAUGAAACCGAUGUUUUGCCCUGCACAAAGCAGGAUAUCGGAAUGUAUUCUGAUAUAAAAAUGAAUUUGAUGGAGAUGAAUGAGCUUCGGUCGAUCAAUGAUAUAAAUUAAUGAUAAAUGCGUCAACGUUCAUUCGCCAUGCUCACGUGCUAAGAAAAUUUGUAUAACUUAAACGAAUUAUAGUUAAAUAAAUCAUAU